CCUUACGUCAUAUCCAACGGACCGACGUCCGGCUGAAGAAAGAGCUAAGAGCUAGCAAGGAAGAAAAACUGUAGUUUCACUCACGAAGUUAAAAGGCAGAGAUGUCGCUACGGGCCGUUCCGCAGGCCGAGCAGUCGAUCGGCCACGGUUUCCGCUAGAGUCGAUAUUUUCCAUAGGAAUUCCGUUUCUUACGCAGGAAUGAGUGACACUCACCAAGGAAGUGAGCUGAGGAGGAGCUAGCGCGACUGCCAGCUGUCUUUAGCUCGGGAGCCCUUUGUUUUGUUCUUCAGUGUAAACAUGAAGAGGAAGUAGCUCGGACGUCUGCUUGAACGUUUCGCGUUUACGUUUGACUUUUAUGGCCAUGAGUAUAUUAUACCACGAGUAUCAAGUCAUCGUAUCUGGAAUAGCGGAAGGACAAAACUAACAUUAGCCACCGACGGGCAACUUUAGCAACAGCGAGAUCCGAUUGUUUUGUUUUUUUGUUGUUGUUUGUUGUUGUUGUUUUUUGUAACGUCGGCCAGGAGGACGACCGCGGCGGGGACACGAAGACAUGGGCAACUGUCUCAAGUCCCCGACAUCAGACGACAUCUCCCUGCUUCACGAGUCCCAGUCGGACCGGGCGAGCUUCGCGGAUGGGACCGAUCCGGACCUGGAGCCACCUCCGCCGUACCAGGAGCAGGCUCACAUGCCCAUGUACCACCCCACACCCAGCCAGGCCCGUCUGGCCACACAGCUGACAGAGGAGGAGCAGAUUCGCAUAGCUCAGCGCAUCGGCCUCAUCCAGCACCUCCCCAGGGGCGUCUAUGAUGGAGGGCAGGACGGCUCCGAGAAAAAGAUCCGAGAGUGCGUGAUCUGCAUGCUGGACUUUGUAUACGGGGACCCCAUCCGGUUCCUACCGUGUAUGCACAUCUACCACAUGGACUGUAUAGACGACUGGCUGAUGAGAUCCUUCACCUGCCCCUCCUGCAUGGAGCCCGUGGAUGCUGCCCUACUCUCCACCUAUGAGACCAACUGAUUUUUCACCCCUCCACUCCCACGCUUAGAUCAAACAUGGCCCCCCUCCAGCCCCGACUCCAAAACACAAACCCUACAACUGCCCUUUUACAGAAUGUGAGGAGGUGUGUGUGUGUGUGUGUGUGGGGGGGGGGGGGGGGGGUAGGUUGGCUGUGGUAUUGCACUUUGAAAAUUUCAAAUUUGACUCACCUAAUGUUUGCCUUCCAUGCCCUCAAGUCUAAAUAAGCUGGUCUUAAACAUCAAUUACACGAGUCAGUGAGAAACUGUUUCAAGUCGACCCUGUAUGAUUGUGUUUGUGUGUGUUUCUCAUGCCGGAGCUGCAUCCAGCGUUGAUGGUGAGCAUGUGUGACUGGGGGCGGGUUUGUGACUGUGCAUUUCCACUUGAGCCGGUCUCAGUGGUGUUUUCUCCUCAGCUGACACCAUUUCACCUUCAUGCCCAGUUAGAUAGAAGAUUUAAACUGACAAAUUAUUGACCAAAAUGCUUUGAGGUGUUGCUAGACAUCCGUCAGAUUAAAUUAGAAGUUUUCUGUGGCAACAGUGAGCAAAGACAUCCGUAACAUAUUGAUCUUCUACUGACUCUCACCUUUUGAGAUGUUGGAAUACACACAAAAGAAGAAGAAAUUCUCCUUUUAGUCAGGAGUUUUACACAAAAUUAUACACAUACUUAAAGUAAAUCACCCGAAGUCUAUAAGUGAUUCUAGUUAUAAGUGAUGAGAUAAAAACCACAUGAUGUUUGUACACUGAAUAGCCAGACUUAAAAAAUGCUUAGAGUUGAAGGGAUGACGAUGUGUAAUGUGAAUGUUUCACCAGAGGGCGUGUGAAGCAGCUGGCAGCCAGUGUAAAGGGCUCAUUUGUGCAUGGGCAGGUGGAUCAGUCGGUCAAAAAUUAGAAAUGCUUGCACACACACUUCUCAUCUGAUCCAGAGAUUUGCACUUUACUUAUAGGACAGUAUCUAAAACAAUAUAUUAAUAUAUGUACCUUACAUCCUUGCACUAUCAAUACUUCAUUCCUUGAGAUGCAAAAGUUAUAUAGCUGGUAAACAUAAAAAUUUCCAAGCUAUCAGUAGUCACUUACCGCGUUGAAGUAAAGCCUGAAGAUGUAUUUCAUGAAAUCCGUGAUUCAGUAGUGUGAGCCUCCGCUUUGUUCUGCUGGAGUUUGGAUUCUUGUGUGUUUUAUGUGUUUGUAAAAGGGACAGAGGUUUGCUCGAGGUCGAAGGAAAAGUUUGACAUUUUGUAAAAACCUGCUCAUUUACCCUCUCGUUGAGAGUUUGAUGAGAUCGACACCACUCUCUUGUCAACGGGACGUAUGGAGUUGGAGCCAGUUAGCCUACCAUAGAGACAGGGUCGCUAGAAUUAAGGCAAGACUGGCUCUGUGUAAGAAUGAAACAUGUACCAAAAGCUCUUAAUCCCACAAAUUAAUUAAUUUGUAGUUUGCUAAAUCUGUGCACAGAGAGUAAUGUUUUAAAAGAGUUAGACAAAAAAAACAGUUAGAGCACGCAUCUACUUGAAAAGCAACAAUGUGUCAUUUUCACACUUCUUUUCAUCUGCAAAUUCACCAAACAAUUUAUAGCAUGUUAAUGACAGUGUCUCGUGCUGUGAGGAUAUUUUCUUUUGACAGAACAGAAUUUUAGCUGCUUCCAAUGGCUUGCUAAACUGAGCUCGUCAGCAUCUCGCUUUAUGUAACAACAGAACAAAUAAGCGCAUUUCCCAAAAUGUCAAACUGCCCCUUCAAUGAAGACUUGGGAUCUAUUCAUUUCACAUUGUUAUACGUCACAAUAUUUUUGUUUACAGUACAAUUAAUGUUUUAAUUUAAAAAGCUUUGUUUCCAUUCACUGUAGCAGUAGUUACAAAAUCUUUGGUUUCCUUUGUAUUUGUGCAUUUGUUUGGUGGCAGUGUGGCUGUCUUUUUCUGUUACUUGUGUUUUAUCUGUUACCUUGACCUUUUAACGAAUGUUCCAAAAUGUAUGUAAAAUCAUCCACUGUGUGUUUAGGACAGUAAAUAUAUAAAAACUAUUACACUGGCUGAGUCCUGACGAUGCAAACCUCUGCCCCAACCGAUUUUCAGAUUGUGAGAGACUCCUCUUAUGGUGUGAUAGUAAAAAAAACUGAGAUAUUAAGUUUUCCAUUGAGCCUUUCCUUUGCUGUGUUUUUCAGCUUUAGUUUAUUCAGAAAAUUAAUAUUUCCUGUGAUCUUUUCUUUUGUUAAAUUUUCUUACUUUCUUUUUGGAUGGCCAAAAGCCCUCAUGUAAAAAAAAAAAAAGAAAGAAAAAUAAACACACCAAAAAAAACA